AUGGCAAUUCGAAGGCUUGCCACGCAGUGUGUCUCGCGUCUCACCACAAGCAGCCGCCUUCACCAACCGAUGCAGCAACAACGUUGUUUCUUCAUGUUUAGUGCUUCGCGUUUGGGAUCGUUCAAGUAUCGCCAUACACGAACCAUUCCCGAGGACGCCGUUAACCCAUUGGCGACCCCAACAAAGAUCGACGCGGGCACGUUGCACAUUGUGUCUGUCCCCAUUGGAAAUUUAAAGGACUUUUCUAUUCGCGCGCUUGACGUUCUUCAACAGGUGGACUACAUUGUCACGACGGAUAGGCCAGCGACCAAGACAUUAUUAGAUUUGGUGCAUAUUGAGGCUCAAGGUCGUCUUAUUCACUACUCCCGUAGCAAUCGCACGGCAUCCAAGGAUAAACUUGUGGAGCUGCUGCGAGGAGGAAGAAGCAUGGCGCUGGUGUGUACAAGUGGGACGCCGUGUGUGGGUGAUGUUGGGAGCGAGCUGAUUCGGGAAAUGCAAUCGGAGGGGGUGCGUGUGUCGGCCGUGCCCGGUCCAUGUGCCUUGAUGUGCGCACUGGCAGUUUCUGGCGUCACUUUCUCCCCGUAUGAGAGCGACACACCGUUGUCUACGUCCACAUCCAUAUCCACAUCCACACACGCGAAACUUUCUUCCCUCACUUCUCUGCAUUCCCUCCGCGAUGGGUCGUUUUUUUUUGGGAACAUGCUGCCGGAGUCCCAUGGAGCACGCCUCCGCAUUCUUCGAAAUGUUGUCCGAGAAGCGAAUCAUCCCUGCGUCUUCUACGAGAUUCCUCGACGGUUGUUGCCUGUCCUGCAGGACGUUGCCUUGGUGUUACCAAGGCGUCGCGUUGUUGUCGCCCACGAAUUAACCAAAAUGAAUGAAUCACUGCACGCGGAUACUGCCGACAAACUACUGGCCUUCUACUCCCGGCAGGAAGCAUACAUGAUGCUUAAAAAAGGGCAACUGGUGCUCAUCAUUGACGGCCCUGACGCCAGUGAGACACUGGAGCACCUGCGGCGAGAGGCGGAAAAACGACGGCGAUUACGACGGAGUAUCGCAGAGUUGGUCGGUGAAGGUCGUGAUGGUGGGGACUCGGGUAAACAGGUUGUUAAACCAAAAAUCCAAAGCCGCCGCAAGCUGCUUCGAAGGAAACGUUGCCAACGCCUCAUUAUGAAGAUUGAAAAGGAGCAGGAAAAAAUCAGAAUGGCCAUGAAGAUCAAUCACACCGAUGCGUCUAAACUAUAA